AUGAAAUUUGUUCAAUGGCCUAAAGACAAUAAUCGAAGUGUUAUUUAUACAGGAUUUCAAAAUAUUGGUGGAUUUCAAAAUAAUAUAGAAGCUAUAGAUGGAACUCAUUUUAUUUUAACUGAGAUAUCAAUACAAGAUCUAAUAGCAUACUUUACAAGGAAAAAAAGAUAUGCAAUUCAAUAUCAAGAAAUUGUUGAUUUUAAAGGAAUUUUUAUUCAUUAUGUAAUAGAAUGA